UUUGCUGUUUAGAAGAGGUGUGGUGGGGGUUCAGAAAACGGCAUCGGGCCCGCGACGGAUGCGCAGCGGUAGUCGAGAAAUUCGUGUGACAGACGAAGGCGCCGCGUUUGCCGUUGUUUUGACAUGUAAUUUUUUCAUUGCGUUUAAGUGUUUUCCCAUUUACGUUUUGCGCUUUUGCGAGCUGCGCUUAACGCAACCCCAUAUUGUACCAUCGGAUUGAUUUACCUCAAGUUAUGGACUAGAGUGGUUGUGCUGUUCUUCGGGAUAGAAAAAGUGUCCGAAAGGCUUUAAAGUGACGUUAUUUUGCGUGCCUCGUCAAAAACGAUCAUCUCAGAGCGAAUGCCGUGAUGGGAUGAUCGGCUUGCAAGAGUGCGGACCGGCGCCUCCGAGAGCGAGGGCCAAUCGUACGAACGCCACAACAACCAGGGAGCGAGCGGCCCAGGCUCUGGACUAUUACCAUGCCAACGUGCAGAAGGCCUGGGCCAAUGCCAACAACGCAAAUUCAGGCGGCAGGGCAUCGUUCAGCGACCGCCACCAUCACCAUUCUACCCCCAGGAGGCACCACCAGCACCAGCAUCACUAUCUGACAGCACCAAAUAGCGAUCUCAAUCUGACUAGGAGUAAUUCGAGCCUGGAACUGUUGGACUACAACGGAUCGGGAGGUGGCAGACCGUCGAAUUGCUCGUCGCCCAGUUUGAAACGCGAAUACGGCAGUCACGGCUCCAUCGACGCGAUAGAAAGCAACGGGAACGUCGGAGGCGGCCGGCCGACGGCCACCGUCCUCCCGCACAGGAAUGAGUUCUUCGAAAUGCUGCAGGACUACAAGCCGGCAACGCUCGUAGACGUCGACCAGCGAUCGCCGGGCCCGUCCGAGUACCUGAAGGGCAAGGGGAACGGCGGCGACGAGCAGACCGUCGACGGCGGCAGCUCGUCCCAUCUGCACGUGCCGCAGAGUCCGAAGUUGCGCAGCAAGUUGUUGUUUUGGGGCGGCAAGGGUGGUCCCAGACAGACCAUGGACGACAGUGCGAUGAGUUGCGGGUCCGCGCAGUCGGCCGCCGGUGCGGGGGCGGCCGUCGGGACGAGUGGGGGCGGGUCCGCGUCCGCCGUCGAGCUGGAGGAGAUUGCGAGACGACGCGCCUUCGCCCACUACGAUUGCCAAUCGUUGACCACCAAUUUAAGUUAUGCGGUACGGCUCAGGAGGAAUUUGCUGGCGAAGAGGAGGAAUACGACGACGGGCGCUUCUGCUGCUUCUAUGUUGUUUAGGGCGUCAACACCCGACGGCGAUAACAACGAAGACGACUACGGCGACGGCAAGAGCAACGAGCUGGUGGAGAGCUGCCCGUUCUUCCGCAAUGAGAUCGGCGGCGAGGAGGAGCGCAUCGUGAGUCUGAGCCGCCUUCAGAACGGGCAGCAUGCGACAGGCGCGGGCGGCCGCAAGCCUCUCCAUAGGCCGCCCCUGGCUUACGGGGUGGCCGUGCUCGAGUUCUCGCCCGGCGACACGCACUGGCGCAACUCCACCUGCCCCUAUCAGAAGUUUCCCAGGCCGAUCGAGAACGUGGAUUCGGGCGCGUUGUAUUAUCGCCACUAUUUCGCAAAGCACGACCACCAGAACUGGUUCGGAUUGGACGACCAGCUCGGUCCGGUCGCGAUAUCGAUACGCCGCGAAAAAGUCAUACCGGACGCGGACAACAACUCAUCGAUUACGCAAUACCAAUACAGGCUGGUGAUUCGCACGUCCGAGCUGCAGACCCUGAGGGGCACCGUCCUGGAGGAUGCCAUACCCAACAUCAAGGCAUCGAGCAAUCCUAAAACAUUGCAUACCAAAGAGGUUCUGGAGUAUGUUUGUCCGGAGAUCCAGCUGAGUUGCCUCAAAAUGGGAUUGCAGAAUCAACAAUCGAUCGAACAAAUUCUGAAGCUGGACGAACAGGGUUUGACGAACCACUACAAAGUCGGAAUUAUGUAUUGUAAAGAUGGCCAGUCGUCCGAGGAAGAGAUGUACAACAACGAAGAAGCCGGACCGGCAUUCACCGAGUUUCUCGAAACCAUUGGGAAGAAAGUCAAGCUCAACGGUUUCGAUAAGUAUAGAGCUGGAUUGGACAAUAAAUCUGAUUCAACUGGUUUAUACUCGGUGUACGCCCAGUAUCAGGACUGCGAAAUAAUGUUCCACGUUUCCACGAUGCUUCCAUUCACCGCCAACAAUCGUCAACAAUUGCUCAGGAAACGACACAUCGGCAACGAUAUCGUAACAAUAGUCUUCCAAGAGCCGGGUGCUCUUCCAUUCACACCUAAAGGCAUCCGUUCCCAAUUCCAGCACGUCUUCAUCGUCGUGCAGGCCAUCAAUCCGUGCACAGAGAACACCUAUUACAAAAUCGCGGUUAGCAGGUCCAAGGAUGUGGAGGUUUUCGGUCCACCCAUUAAGGAGGGGGCAAUCUUUCCCAAAGGCAAGGUUUUCACUGAUUUUCUGUUGGCGAAGGUCGUGAAUGCGGAAAAUGCCGCCCAUCGUUCGGAGAAGUUUGUUACGAUGGCCACGAGGACGAGACAGGAGUACCUUAAAGAUCUGGUUGUGAAUCAUUCAUCCAAUACUCCAGUGGACACAGGUCAAAAAUUUUCAAUAUUUAGCGUAAGCAAGAAAAAGGAUAAAAUCCGUCCACGGUUUAUUCCCGACAAAUGCCAAAGAGGUGCUAUUUUAUGGCAGGUGAUGUUGGAUGACAGUGGCCAAAGGGAGCAGAUCGAGUGCUUCCUCGGCAUUUCGUCCGAUACUUUCGUCCUCAUCGAGGAACAAUCUAAACAAAUUGUGUUCGUGACUGCUUGCAAAAGCAUUUUGGGUUGGUCGCCCCAAAGCAACAGUCUCAGAAUUUACCAUCACCAAGGAGAAUGCAUGACAAUCCACAUGAGGGACGCCAACGCCGACCGGGAUGAACUAAUUGAGGUGAUGGACCGACUGAAGGCAGUGACGAAGGGCAUGAUCGCCCAAGAAUUCUCCAUAUCCCGGAACAUCAUGGGUCAGCUGGGAUUCCACGUGCAGCCUGACGGCAUUGUCACUCUGGUGGAAAGUGCGGGCCAAGCGUGGACAGCCGGACUCAAACAGAAUUCCCGUCUGGUCGAAAUUUGUAAGGUGGCUGUGGCGACACUUACCUACGAUCAAAUGGUCGACCUGUUGAAGACAUCGGAAACCGUCCUGUUGACUGUGAUACCGCCGAUGGCGGACGGCACCGCCCGCAAGGGAUGCACUCUUCAGAACUGCAAGUACAACGAGGGAACCGAAGGUGACUACGAACUACUUACAGGAGAAAACGAUAACACGAGGCAAAGCAAGCGAGCACCGCAGAUGCAACAGGCGGUGGCAGGAAACCACCGACGCAUCUACGAACGCAGCUUCUCACCUCCUCGAUCGAGCAACAGUUCCGGUUACGGGACCGGAAGUAGCAGUAAGUCCUUUCACGGACAAGAAAACAGAUACACGGGCACCGUUUCGGCCACACAUGCAGAGGGCACUUUAACGAGUUCAUCGAGUGGUCAUUCCAGUGAUGACAAAUGGUAUGACAUCCUCCAGGAACUUGAAGUGCCUUCAAAGAGCGGCCAACAACACACGUCCCGUUCAAGUCACACCAAUACAUUUCCGUCGACACCAAAGCGUAACAAUAAUUCACACCAAAUAUCUCAAGUUCAAGUAGGACAGAACCAUAACCAUUAUUCAACGAUUCAACCCCAACCUGCUCACCACAAUAAAAUCCAAGUGAGCAAUUCGUUGCCGUUGCAGCAGUUUAGUUAUUCGCAGCCUCUCACGUUCCCUAACAGUUCCACUGAUGAUUUGGCUUAUAAACUGGAAAAGAACAACUUGAUUAAGCAACAAAACGACCGCUUGAGGCAAGAGACCGAAUAUCACAGGUCUUCAAAAGAUUUGCAGCAUCUAAGCAAUGAUUUUCAAAGACUAAACAUACCUCCUGCAGACACACAUUCCACCAACAGUUCAAUUAGUGAUAGAAUGAAUUUUGUAGGCGUUGGUAGUGAAGAUGAUCUAUCAACAGGAAGUGGUGGUGGUAAUUCUUCACCAAAAUCAUCUCGGCGAUUAAAUAAGCAACAUUUGCCCACGGGAAAUUCAAAUUAUUCCACAAGUAGAAACCAAAGUCCAAGAUCAAUAAAUGGGGAGGCUAAGUUAAGACCUGGUGUAACGGUACGAUCUUCUAACAGAAACAGUGCAAACCUGUCUUCCAAUAAUGCUUUUCAAGAAGAGCUGCUACGUUUGAUAAACCCUGACAAUAUAGAAGCCGGUACGGGUGGUGAAUCGAAAUUGAGUAAAGACCAUUGCAAGGCACAUUCCAAAGAGAAUCUUAACAAUACUCUAUUAGUGCAUAAGGGAUCUCAACCACCGGAAGUCAUUUUGACCAUGGCGCGACCUGCCACUGUUAUUUCUAACGCCAGUACUGCCUCUAGCCCCUUACCUACUGAGUACAAGCUGUCGAAAGAAGAUAUGGCGGUGGGAAGCAUGCUUUUGGGCAAAGGCAAGAACAAUCAAUUAAGUGGAGGAUUCCAAGACGAGUUUCCAUUACCGCAAGAUGGAGACUGGCCAAGCCUGGUAGAUACAGCUACCAGGGUUAUUAAUAGUGUGGGUGUUUCUUCAGAUGAUAGGCAACCUUUGGUGGAUUCUCGAAGACACUGGGAGGACGACCAACACGUCGACGCUUCUAUUGCUUCAUCUAUAUGUUCGAGUGCCAGUAUUCCAGAGCUGCAAAAUCAUGUAGCAGAAUUGGAGUCAAAAGUGAACCAUGAGGCCCAACAACGCAUGUACUUGGAAAGCGAGGUACGACGUCUCACGGAAGAGAAUAUGAAAUUGAAAGAUCAAGCCCAGGCAGCCGUGCAACAGCUACGCAAGUUUACCGAAUGGUUUUUCAAAAAUGUCAAAAGGCAAUGAAUUUUUUAUGUAUUUCACCUCUUCGAAAUUUGCUCUUAUGAAAUUGUUGUACAUAUAUAUACAUGUACAGUUAAUUAAGUAUUAUUAUUGUUCUUUGUAUAGUGCGCAGUGCCUCCGACCAACGUUUCCAUUAAUUGAAUUUUAUUUCGAAUCAUCACUUAUCAUAAGACGAAUCAAAAUUUAUUCUCAAAUAGAUGCAAGAUGCAUUCCUUUACCACAUUGACGUGUAAUCACUAAGUAAUUUGGCAUUGGAUUAAAAAUAUUCAUUCAAUUUAUGGAAACUAUGGAAUUAGAAAUUGUUUAAAACAAGUACAAAAUUGUUAUGUUUUGAAUUGACGACACUUUUAAAUUCUUAAAAUCAAAUAAAUCUAUCAAGGAUACAUUUAAUCAAAAGUAAGUGAGCGACGAUAAUUUUAAACGUAGAAAUUAUAACGUUUUAUUAAAUUUUAUUCGGAUUUUCAGCAUAUUUAAAGUAUUAUAUUUCUAUAAUAUUAAACAAUAUUUAUAAUAGUUACCAGUAAAAUUAGUAAAGAAUGAAUAUAGCAAAUAAUAAUUUAUAUUUAAAAUAAAUAUGUCCUUGUAAGUUGAUGCUUUAAUUUAUAUCGAAUUUAGAUAAAAAUGCAUUGAGGUUAAUCAAUCUGUUAAAAAAGAUAUCUAUACACAUAUAUAGAUGAUGUAUUUCUGCCUAUACUUUGAUGUUUGUCUUCUUCGAUAUUGAAAUAUUGAUUGUUAGCAGCUAGUAUUCUUAACACUUUUAAAUAUGUAUGUUCACUUAUUUUUUAAAGUUGCAAAGAAAUGUUAUAUUAUCAAAUAUAUAAUUAUUUAUCUUUUAAAACCAAAAGACCAAACAAUGUUAUUAUAUUUUAGAUAUAUUUACGGUUCAGUAUAUCCGCAUCCAUUCCUAAGCAUUAUGUUUGUUAGACUUUAUGUAUUUUAAUUCUGUGACCUGUUAAUGCCUUUGUGAAUGGAUUUAUUUUAUCAAGUAUUAUAUUAGAAACACCUUUUUUUAUUUAAUUGUAUAUUAUAAAAAACA